GUUUGUUGACGCUGCUAAUUCCUGCCUUUUCCACUUUUUCUUGAUUGCCAUCUAUGCUGAGGUGCGGACCGCAAUCAAUGUACGAAACUACGAAUCGACCAGAGGAAGAGGUGAAAGCAUGACUGAGAUGAUUUGAAGAUGUAUGAGUUUUUUAGCAGUGAUCUAAGAAUAUGCCAAGCGAGCUAUGGUUUGCACUGCCGACGAUUUACAAGAAUGGAAAGACUUUCCUAAGGGUCUGAGGGUUCUUCUCCUUGAUCGGGACAGCCGCUCCGCUACCGAGAUAAGAGCAAAACUUGAGGAAAUGGAGCAUGUUGUCUAUUACUGUAAUGAUGAGAAGGAAGCUUUGUCAGCGAUUAUGAACACACCGGAAAACUUCCAUAUUGCAAUUCUGGAGAUGUGCGAAGGAAAUUAUGAUGAGAGUUUUAAAUUGCUUGGAAGUUCCAAGGACUUGCCAAUCAUAAUGACUUCAGAUGUUUAUUGCCUAAGUACCAUGAUGAAGUGCAUUGCACUUGGUGCAGUUGAGUUCUUGCUGAAACCACUCUCUGAGGACAAACUGAGGAAUAUCUGGCAGCAUGUUCUUCACAAGGCAUUUUCCAGUACACCGAAGCCUGAAGUAGACUCCGCAGCAUCCUUGAUGCAGCUCCAAUUAGAGAGUGAAGACAAUAAUGGAGUUCUGGAAGAUACGGAAGGUCUUUCUUGGAUUCAAGACAUUGUAUGGGAGCAAGAGCAACCAGAAGGAAAUGUUAACUCUCAACUGAACCAGGGAUCAUCGAUGCAAGGUUGCUGGGAAAGUGGAGAUCAAAUGAACUGUCCAAUGGAAACAGAUUGCAGUGACAAAGAUGUGCAGUCUAACUUCGUCGAAACUACUUCACAUGAUUUGGUUUGUGAAGAUACCCUUCAGGAGCGCCAACCUCGAUUAUCUGGCAACGUAAUGGUCAAAGAAGAUGAGAACUCUGCAGUUGGUUUAAUCGCAGAAAGCGACAUUUAUCUUCCCUUGCAGAAUAAAUGUGGCGUCAAAAGUGGUCCUUCAGCAGCAGAGCACUCAAUCCAAGGAUCUGAUGUGAACCCUUCAGCUGGUUCCAAAUCGAAGAAAACAAAGGUGGACUGGAGCCCAGAGCUACAUAGAAAGUUUAUUCAGGCAGUCGAACAGUUGGGCAUAGAUCGUGCGAUUCCUUCCAAAAUACUUGAGCUGAUGAAAGUUGAAGGUUUGACAAGGCACAACGUUGCAAGUCAUCUCCAGAAGUACAGGAUGCAAAAAAAACAUGCGGUCCACAGAGAAGAAAAUCCAAGAUUUUCAAUGCUAACCAAUCACUUGAAACCGAACAUGGCUUACCUUUCUUAUUAUCCGUACUGUGGAAUAUCCAUGUCCGCUGUUUAUCGAACAUGGAUACAGAACAAUGGCCAACCAGCUAGUGUCAACAUGUGGGGUCCGCCUGAUUAUCGCCAUUGGCCGCAACCAGGAACUCAGCCAUGGAAUUCUUAUGCUGGGAUGCAAGCUGAUGCAUGGGGUUGCCCUGUGAUGCUGCCUUCUCGUGCACCAUAUUUUUCAUAUCCUCAGCAAAUUUCAUCAUCACACAAUGUGUAUACAGCAAAUGAGAGCUAUGGCACGCCUCACAGUUCAUUUGAUAUUCAACCAGAUGAGGAGCUGAUUGACAAGAUUGUGAAGGAGGCGAGGAGGAAACCAUUGUCACCCCUUCCCUUGGGGCUUAAACCUCCUUCUGCAGAGAGUGUUCUCAAAGAACUUUCAAAGAAAGGAAUCUCCACCGUUCCUCCUCGAAUCAACGGCUCCAAACCUCCCUGAUCCCACUCCAUGAUGAUUGAUUUUGGCUGAAGGUUGUUAAACAUUAACACCUGUCUUUCUAUGAAAUAAUACAAAUGUAAUAUAAAUGUAUUUGGAUU